AGACACUGAAUUCUCCACCAUCAUCCAAUCCACGUGUAUCACCAUAUGAACAUAAAACUAUCCCCGCCUAAAAGAACUAUUGCCACAUACUUUCAACAGCGGUCUUAUUUUUCCUGACAAUUUAUCAGAUGUGAAACAAGUAGAUUCUGCCAGACAAAGUCAUAGUCAUAAUGAUGAUAAACUUUUGUGAACUUAAUACAAAAUCCUAGUAAUUACGUAAGAAGUAUAGUGAAAGCGAAUUUUGUUUUAGACGAUUGUGAACACCUGCUUCCUACACAUUUACAGAACAGCAAGCCACAAAGUAUUGUUGAAGAAUCGAAACAGAAUGAAACUAACACUCAUUUCAAUGCUUUAAGAUCAUUCCCGUUCUUCUCAUCUCUGUCGACAUCUUCAGUCAACAGUGAUGUGCCGGCAUUGAUAACCCGGUCUAAUCAACUAAGUGAAUCAUGUCCUGGAUAUACACAUGAAUUACCAGUGAUCAGUUACAUCUAUAAGACUCUUGCCAGUUUAUUAUCAAAUCCAACACCUUCGGGUACCAGUAAUGAUGAAUGGACCACAGUUUUGAACGAAAUCAAUAGUAUUUCAGAUAUUCAAAACCGUGUAAAGCAGGAUUCAUAUUUUCAAAGUCAUUUAUUUAAAAUGUAUGAACAAAGCAGAAACAGUAUACUUACUGCAGACCGAUUAUUAUUAAGUGACAAUAAAGAGUGCUAUACGUCAGAUGCAGUUCUAUCUAAAUUAUUCAGUAAUGAUCAAAAGUCUAUUUGUAAGAGUCAGCUUAACGAUGUACAACAUUAUGAUAAUUGUAAAACUUUACGAGACAAUUACCAGGAUAAAUCCAAUCAAUUACCUACAGCAUCCUUGUCGUCACUUGGGUUUCCUUUGAUCAAUCCAUUUGUGGAUUAUGAAUUAUCAGGAAGAAAUAUGAAGAAAAAAACUUGUAGUUAUCCUAAAAAGUGUUCCUCUUUUCUUGGCAAUAUACUUUCAGAUGAACAUAUAUCACAUAACCCUGUCAGUUCAUUGAGUAAUUUGUUGCACAAAGAAACCAGUUUACAUUUAUUCAAUUCAUCAUUAAUUGGUGAUAAACAGGAGAGAAUUGUCAACACAGAAAAUAUGGAACAUUGGAAUCUCGAUAAAGAAAAAGAUCCAAACAGCUGUGUACGCUUAGUUAGUGGACAAAUAAAAAGCAGAAAUGAAUUAACAGUGUCCGAUUUUAUAACUAGUGCUAUCAAAUAUGAUAAUGUGAGUAAAUAUGUACGUGAUAAUGGCACAUUAAUUGAAACCUUAGCAAAUACAAAUAAUUUGGAAAUGUGUUGGGUAAAAUUAGUACAAAUAAAAGAAAAUUUUGAAGGUAGUAUUGUCAAUUUGUCAAGUGAAUUAGUAUUUAUUCAUUCAUCUAAACGUCAUCAUUUAUUAGUUGGCAUCAAUGAAAAAAGUGGCGGUAAACACGCUUCCCGGAUGUUAUGGCCUCAUUUCAAUGCCAAAAGUUUUAAUG